UGUCGUUGCUGGGCUCUGGGGAAAAGUCAAACGUAAGAAGAAAAAUCAAUAAAAUUUUUCGCUGACUGCUGUAUAAAGGAUUUUCAAGCAAAAUAAUUACAAGAAAAUUAAUAUUUUGUACAAAAUUUUUGCAAGUAAAGUGUAAAAGUCUUUAAUAACAUAUAAAUGAAACGUGGCCAAAUAAUAAAAUAAAUAAAACGUUAAAAUAUUAAAGAAAUUGCAACGCCCAUCUCGAGGUAUUACACAAAAACGGUCAUCUUUAAACUAAAACACUAUCUUAUCUCGUGUUGAAAAAGACAACAACGCCACAACCUCCAGCACCAACUCGUUAGUGCAGGUCUAACGACAAACACCACAACUCUCUAUAUAAUUUAAAAUAAUAAUAAUAAAAAAACCAUUGAAUAUCAGUGAUUAAUAUUAAUCUAUACUGGUGUUUUGCCGGUUUGGAAAGAAAGAAAGAAAAAAAGACACACACACAUACAUUUGCCAAGCAAAAGUUUGUGUAAAUAAUACUAAAACAACAACUUGUUGCUUUUAUAAUAUUUGUUCCAAUUGGUGAUACUUGCUGUCAUAACUUUACUAAAGCUACCACUGUUGCUGACUAUUGCUGAUGCUCGUACGUCGCAAAGAUUGAUUGCAACAAACAAUAUUUUAAUUUGUUUGAUUAUAAAACGUCUUUUCGUAUUGUGUCUUGUUUUUGCUAGUAGAGUGGAAGUUUAUCUUCUUCUUCUUCUUGUGUGUGUGACUAAUUUAAAUCAUUUAAACUCUCCCCUAAACAAGGAGAGUUUAAACGAAUACAACAGAUAAUAAAAAAUAAAAAAAAAUAAAGAAGAAUCUUUCAAAGCAAUAACGAUUUGAUCUAUUUGAUUAUUAUUAUUUUUUCUUCUUAAGCGGUUUUUUGUUAAUUCUUAAAAAUUAAUAAACUAACAACAAUGGCACCUGUUAGGGGAGAUGGUAUGCGUGGUCUGGCAGUUUUUAUAUCGGACAUAAGAAACUGUAAAAGUAAAGAAGCGGAAGUUAAACGUAUUAAUAAAGAAUUGGCCAAUAUACGUAGUAAAUUUAAAGGUGACAAAACGUUAGAUGGUUAUCAGAAAAAGAAAUAUGUGUGUAAACUGUUAUUCAUAUUUCUACUGGGUCAUGAUAUUGAUUUCGGUCAUAUGGAAGCGGUUAAUUUACUAUCAUCGAAUAAAUAUUCAGAAAAGCAAAUUGGCUACUUAUUCAUUUCCGUAUUGGUUAAUACAAAUAGCGAUUUAAUACGUUUGAUUAUACAAUCGAUUAAAAAUGAUUUGCAAUCACGUAAUCCUGUACAUGUUAAUUUGGCCUUACAGUGUAUUGCCAAUAUUGGUAGUCGCGAUAUGGCUGAAUCAUUUUCCAAUGAAAUACCAAAAUUAUUGGUAUCUGGCGACACCAUGGAUGUGGUUAAACAAUCAGCUGCUUUAUGUCUUUUGCGCUUAUUCCGUUCUAGCCCCGACAUAAUACCCGGUGGCGAGUGGACUUCACGUAUUAUACACUUAUUGAAUGAUCAACAUAUGGGCGUUGUAACCGCUGCCACAUCACUCAUCGAUGCUUUAGUUAAACGUAAUCCAGACGAAUACAAGGGUUGUGUUAAUUUAGCCGUCUCACGUUUGUCACGCAUUGUUACGGCCAGUUAUACAGAUUUACAAGAUUAUACAUAUUAUUUUGUACCGGCUCCAUGGUUGUCGGUUAAACUAUUGCGUUUGCUACAAAAUUACAAUCCAGUUACUGAGGAGCCGGGCGUAAGAGCUCGUUUAAAUGAAACUUUGGAGACUAUUUUGAAUAAGGCCCAAGAACCACCAAAAAGCAAGAAGGUACAACAUUCAAAUGCCAAGAAUGCUGUACUAUUUGAGGCCAUCAAUCUUAUUAUACACAGUGAUAGUGAGCCAAAUCUUUUGGUGCGUGCUUGUAAUCAGUUGGGUCAGUUUUUGAGUAAUCGUGAGACUAAUUUACGUUAUUUGGCUUUGGAAUCUAUGUGUCAUUUGGCUACUUCGGAGUUUUCACACGAGGAAGUUAAAAAACAUCAAGAAGUUGUCAUUUUAUCAAUGAAGAUGGAGAAAGAUGUUUCGGUGCGUCAAAUGGCUGUAGAUUUAUUAUAUGCCAUGUGUGAUCGCAGUAAUGCUGAGGAGAUUGUUCAGGAAAUGUUAAAUUAUUUGGAAACUGCUGAUUAUUCUAUACGAGAAGAAAUGGUACUUAAAGUAGCCAUUUUAGCUGAAAAAUAUGCCACUGAUUUUACUUGGUAUGUCGAUGUUAUUCUUAAUCUCAUACGUAUUGCUGGCGAUUAUGUUUCCGAAGAGGUCUGGUAUCGUGUCAUACAAAUUGUUAUUAAUCGCGAAGAAGUCCAGGGUUAUGCUGCCAAGACUGUUUUCGAAGCCCUCCAGGCACCAGCUUGUCACGAGAAUAUGGUUAAAGUUGGCGGCUAUAUAUUGGGUGAAUUUGGUAAUUUAAUUGCCGGUGAUUCCCGUUCAGCUCCCCUGGUACAAUUUAAACUCUUACACUCGAAAUAUCAUUUAUGUUCACCAAUGACUAGAGCUCUCCUACUAUCGACUUAUAUUAAAUUCAUAAAUCUAUUCCCUGAGAUACGUACCAAUAUACAAGAAGUAUUCCGUCAACAUAGCAAUUUACGUUCAGCCGAUGCUGAGUUACAGCAGAGAGCCAGUGAAUAUCUACAAUUGAGUAUUGUGGCAUCCACAGAUGUGCUGGCAACAGUGUUGGAAGAAAUGCCCUCAUUUCCCGAAAGGGAAAGUUCCAUAUUGGCCGUGUUGAAGAAGAAGAAACCUGGUCGGGUACCAGAGAAUGAAAUACGCGAAUCGAAGAGUCCAGCUCCAGCUGCUCUACAAAAUAAUACACAUGCUGCUACCAAUCACAAAGUCAACAGCAAUGCUAAUACAGAUUUAUUAGGUUUGAGCACACCACCAGCCAAUAAUACAGCGGCUAAUAAUAGCGGUACUUUAAUAGAUGUUUUAGGCGAUAUUUAUGGCAGUACUAAUAACAAUACCGCUAUAUACAAUACCAAAAAGUUCCUAUUCAAGAACAAUGGUGUUUUAUUCGAAAAUGAAAUGUUACAAAUUGGUGUUAAAAGUGAAUUCCGCCAGAAUCUAGGACGUCUUGGUUUAUUCUAUGGCAAUAAAACUCAAAUACCCUUAACGAAUUUUACUCCCGUUUUACAAUGGGAUGCUGAGAAUGCUUUAAAGUUGAAUGUUCAAAUGAAACCGGUUGAGCCCACCUUAGAAGCUGGUGCCCAAAUCCAGCAACUGUUGACCGCCGAAUGUAUAGAAGAUUAUUUAGAUGCUCCUACAAUUGAAGUGAAUUUCCGUUAUAAUGGUGUACAGCAAAAGUUUAGCAUUAAGCUGCCGUUAACAAUAAAUAAAUUCUUUGAACCAACAGAAAUGAAUGCGGAUUCAUUCUUUGCUCGAUGGAAAAACUUAAGCGGCGAACAACAAAGAGCUCAAAAAGUCUUUAAAGCUCAACAACCAUUAGAUUUACCUGGUGCUCGCAACAAACUCAUGGGUUUCGGUAUGCAAUUAUUAGAAAGUGUUGAUCCUAAUCCAGAUAAUAUGGUGUGUGCGGGUAUUAUACACACACAAACACAACAAGUGGGUUGUUUACUUCGAUUAGAACCCAAUAAACAGGCACAGAUGUUCCGUUUAACAAUACGUGCCAGCAAAGAAAGUGUAACACGUGAAAUAUGCGAUUUGCUUACAGACCAAUUUUAAAUAUUAUUAGAGAAAUGAAAACGAGACAAA